AUGAAAAUGAGACGCCCAGCUCUCGCCGCCGGCACCACCUCCCCGCUCUCGCCUCCCACCGCUGCCGUCUCUGCCCACCCCUUCCCUCCCACGAACCACAAGCUUCACAGGGCCCGCAUCCGCCUCUCCUCCUCCGCGGCGGCUACCUCCAGGUGGGUCAACCCGCGGGCACCCCCACCCCGGCGCGGCGCGGGCGGGAGCGGGGCUAACCAGCGGCUGCACCACCUCGUCCACCUCGGCGACCUGGACGCCGCGCUCCUCCUUGUGGAGUCCAUGCGGGAUCCCGAGCGACCCGCCGUGGUUCCCUGUACCCUCCUCAUCAAGAAGCUUUGCGCUGCGGGCCGCCUCGACGACGCUGAGCGUGUGCUCGGGGCCUCCGAGCGCGCGGGCACCGCCGAUGCCGUCGCGCGGAACACCCUCGUCGCGGGGUACUGCCGCUCGGGGGGUCGUCUCGCCGACGCCGAGCGUAUGCUGGCCUCCUUUGCCGCUUCCGGCUCCGCCGAUGUCGUCACCUAUAACACCCUCGUCGCGGGUUACUGCCGCGAGGGCCGCCUCAACGACGCCCGGCGCCUCGUCGCCGACAUGCCGUUCGCCCCCAACUCGUACGCCAAUAGCACCCUGCUCAAGGGCCUGUGUAACGAGGAGUGGGACGAUGCCGAGGAGCUUCUCUCCGAGAUGAUCUGGAGUGGUUGCCCCCCAAAUGAUCUCACGUUCAGUAUGAUAAUCCAUUCGUUAUGUCAAAAUGGAUUGGUUGACCGUGCAAUGGGAGUUCUUGAUUAG